AAAGCAUAAUUAAAAGGAAAAGAAAAAGGGGAGCAUAGGAAGGAGAAUCAGAUAUGGUUGGUGCAGUAGUAAUAGUAGUGACUGAUGAGGUUCAAAAUGUAAUAAAAAACAAGGUUCUUUUCCAACAUAUAAAGUGAAUGUGAGUCUCUUCAAUUACUGAUUAUUCCUUCUCCCCAAGGACACCAUUAAAUAUCACCUUUUACCUUUGCUCCUCUUGGCAAGAACUUCUUCUUCUUCCUGCUACUGCCAAUCACAUAUAUUCUUUCUCUUUUUCAAUCCCCUCUCCUCAUUCUUGCUUUAAUUUUUUCUCUCUUUUUUGCUCUCCAAACACACCCCUCUCUUUAUUCUCAUCUUCUUCCCAAAUCCCAACCCUAAAACAACCCUCAUUUCUUCUCCUGAAUCGAUGAUUGAUCUGAUCCCCUUCCCAUAAGUGUGUGUUGAGUGUAUCUAGGAAUUGAGGAUUAGUCCUGCAGGUUUUACUGUGUCGAAAAUUGAACAAGAAAUGAUGGCGCCGCCCUCCGACCUAUGCUUCGAUUUCAAACCACAGAUUGCUUCAAUGCUUCUCAAGUCUUGUGGAGAUUACCAGACUGCAGAAGGGACUCAAAAGCUUGAAGAGUUCGUUGCCCGUCUCGAAGAAGAAAGACUCAAGAUCGAUGCCUUCAAGCGCGAGCUUCCUCUUUGCAUGCAGCUUCUCACCAAUGCAACGGAGGUGUCGAGGCAGCAGCUGCAGACGCAGAGGUCAAGCCGAGAGACGAUUACACCAGUACUGGAAGAAUUCAUUCCACUCAGAAACCCUAAUUCAUCUCACACUGCUGAGAAUGAUGCCGAUGCUUCUCCAGAUCAAAAAUCGAGCUGGAUGACAUCUGCACAGCUAUGGAAUCAAGCCGAAUGCGAAGGAACAAAGGCAGCAGCUUCUCAAUCAUUCACCACAUCUGAUCAAGAAACUGACAUCAAACUUGCUUUGAAUGGCCAGCAAAGGAUGAUCAAUAAUGGAGGUGGAGCCUUCCAUCCAUUUACAUCGAAUAAGGACCGAGUAUCUCCCUCUUCCUGCGGCGAAACCUUCCCUGAAUUAGCCCUUGCCUCAUCUGCUAUAGAAGAUAAAAGGAACUCGCCUGAACCGAGCUUCCGCAGAGAUCGCAGCGCCAGCAAGUAUGGCAACCACAUCUCUGGUGCUGCUGAGAAAGAACAAUCGAAUAAUUCGACGCAGAGGAAAGCGAGGAGAUGCUGGUCGCCGGAUUUGCACCGCCGGUUUGUUAAUGCUCUUCAGAUGUUGGGUGGCUCUCAAGUGGCCACUCCUAAACAAAUCAGAGAGCUUAUGAAGGUUGAUGGCUUGACCAAUGAUGAAGUUAAAAGCCACCUACAGAAAUACAGGCUUCACACAAGACGGCCGAGUCCGAGCUCGCAAGCCGCCGUGACGGCGGGGCCACAAGUAGUGGUCCUCGGCGGCAUUUGGGUCCCGCCGGAAUAUGCGGCGGCGGCCGCCGCCGCACACGGCGGGGCACCAGGUGCAGCUUUGUAUGGAGCGCAUGCUGCCGCGUCCACCGCGCACCAUCAUGUCCCGCCUCCUCUCUGCGCGCCACCACCACCACGGCAGGAAAUCUACCCGGCAAUAGCGGCGGCGGCAGCGCCGCACUCUAAUAGUGUUCUGCACCAUAGCCUCCACCACCAUAACCUGCAGUACAACAAGCCUCCAUUAAUGCAGAAAAACGCAUCUCCGGAGUCUGGGGUUCGAGGCGGUGGCGCCGCCGGAGACCCGUCGGAAAGCAUUGAAGAUGGGAAGUCGGAGAGUGGUAGCUGGAAGGCCGACAGCGGCGGCGGCGGCGGAGACGCACGGCAGAGACUCGACGGAGAAGAUAGCAACGCCAGUGUCGUCAGCCUGAAAUUCUGACCGUUACAAAUAUAUAUAUAUAUAAUUAUAAAAAACCGCGGCUGUAUGUAUUGCUUGGAGAUCUACAUCACAAAUAGUGUCUUUAAUUAAAUGAAUUAUAUAUUGCAGCUCAUAACAAUAUCAAUUAACACUGUAAUUUGUUCUGAAAUUGGAACCGUAU